AUGGAAACCAUAUUUGGUUGUCUUAGUUGUUAUUUGAUAAAACUUUGUAAACAACCUUCCUUCUAUAAGCAAUUAGACGAAAUAGCUGAAUUUAUCGAAUAUUGCAAUCGUGAUAUACUUAUUCCACGAGGACUAUACGCGAAAAAUCCUAUUGAAAAAGGAUUUCGUGUCCUGGAGAUCUACUUGAUAUACGAGCCAUAUGAUUCUAAGAUGGAGGUCUGUCACGAUGUUACGAAACCGCCGAAAUUAGUACCUAGAUUGUGA